UGCUCAUCUUCACUGUCAUUGGCUGUAUACCACGUGACACUCCCGAAACGUUUUAGGCGCUAUUUCUGGUUUUUCGCCAACUGCAAUUGUGUUUCUCGCCAAUUGUUAGCGGUUUGUUUAAAUCAAGGAUAUUGCUUCUUUUUUUUUAUUAUCAAAAUGGAUAUGUUUAAAUGUAAAUCUUGCAGUUCAUCUUUUUAUGCGAAAAGAUAUUUGAAAGCGCAUGCACAAAGAAUACGCGAAUUUAAACAAUAAAGUUGCACCAUUUUCGUGUACGUAUUGUACGAAGCAAUUUUGUACAAAAAAUUCUUUAGCUAAACAUAGGAUACGUAUCCAUAAUAUAAGGCGAAGUAAUAUUAAAUGCGGCGAAGACGAAUGCCGGGAACUAUUUCCUACUACAGGAGAUUUAAGAUCUCACUUAGAGACUUGCCAUAAUUACAGCAAUAUGACCAAAUGUAUAAAACUGGAGUUUAAAAAAAAAGCAAGGUAUGCAAUGAACUUUUUAUUAUUUUGUUUUCCUAGUUCAAUUAUAAAUAAGCAAAGUAUAUUGCGUAACUUCUGUAUAUAGCCCUUAAUCUUUUUACAUUAAAAUUAAAUAACUUAUUUGUAAAUUAAAUAGCUUCAUUAAAGCUAGUUCAGCAAUACAUUUAUUUGAAGAAACACCAUAUAUAUGGUAUUAUUAAUUUAAGCUGUUUCAGCACACAAAUAUGCAUUUAUUUGAAAAAAUUAACAAAUUAAUUACUUUGAAACAUAUAAUUUCAGAACACUAUAGUUUUAACAAUUAAGAUUAUUUUUCUGUGUGGCUGCAAUCUGCAUAUUUUUAUUUACUAAUUAGAUGCCCUUAUUAUGAAAAUUUAUACAUUUAUUUAUUUAUUAGACUUUUAUUCAUGGCUAUCGGAUGAAGAAAGAAAAACAAAGACUCAUUUUGUGGUAGAUUCAUCUGGGCAGAAACAUAAAAAUUACACCAGGACGCUGUUUUGCUGUAAUAGAAGUGGGACAUACAAAGCAAAAGGCAAAGGUGAAAGACAGCUAAAAGCACAAGGGACUUCCAAAACAGGUUUCUCUUGCACAGCUACUGUCAUACUAAAAGAUUUUGGCAAUCGUUUUGAAGCUGUAUAUUUUAAAGAACAUUACAAGCAUGAAAAAUCCCUUUGUCAUCUCCCUAUUCCUAAACAAGAAAAGCAAAGUAUAGCAGGUAAAUUAUUGCAGGGGGUGGAAGAGAAACGAAUUUUGCAAGAUGCAAGAUUCUCUUCGAGAGAUGAUAUUGAAACAAAACAGUUAAUAACGAGAAAAGACCUGCAUAACAUUAAGAGGGAUUUUGGUCUGAGCAUUAAUUCUAAAGGAUUAAUUUUAACAGAUGAUGAGACAAGUGUUUGGUCCUGGGUUAAUACGAUGUCGCAAAUGGAAUUCAACCCCGUUCUGAUGUAUAAACGUCAAGGAGAAAAAUAUGCAAAUGUAAACGAAAAUGAUUUCAUGUUAGCAAUAAUGACAGAAUUUCAAAAAAAAAAAAAAAAUGUUGAUAGAAUUUGGUAAUGAUAGAAUCUGUAUUGAUUCUACACAUGGAAUUUCUGCUUAUGGAUUUGAACUUGUAACAUUGCUUGUCGUUGAUAAGUAUGAAGAGGGCAUACCAGUUGCUUUCUUAAUAUCAUCAACAGUAUCAGAAAAAA